UAACUUACCUUAAUAUGGAAUUUUAUGACACACUUUUACCUUCAUACACGAUCACCCUAGCAUCAUUACCGGGACCCAAGGAAGUUGAAUCACAUCAUAUUAAUCAUUAUCUUGCACCUUUGGUUGAUCAAUUGUGGAAUGAGAUAGAAAUUCGCAUAAAUGAAUCUCGCAUAAAUGAAUCUCCCAUAAAUGAAUCUCCCAUGGGGAAAAAAAUAAAUGCAAAAAAAUUUUUUUAUAUUCGAUCGUUUUGGUCCGAAAAUGACCAAGAAAUGCCAAGAAGUGGUCAAGUAAGAAAAUUUGAUCAAAAAUGA